AUGUGCCCUAUUCAACCGACCCUUGAAAGCAUAAGCCCCAUAAGGAAAAGAAACCAAUUAAAAACCGUUCCGACAAGUCUUGAUGAGGUUCCUUCCCAAAGGGAUGCAUAUGGGAAUAAGUCUAGUGGCAAGAAAGUAGGCUCAUCUUCAAAUGCUAAUGCUGGAGCAUUGGUUGAUGAUAAAAAGAUACACAAUAUGGUCUAUGUCGAUGAUAUCCUAGUUACUAGGAAUUGCAACACUGCCUGCAGAUCUCUUAUUUCUCUUCUUAGUGCCAAGUUUCCUGUUAAAGAUCUUGGUCCUUUACAUUACUUUCUUGAUUUUAUUGGCUCCAGCCCCUGUUCUACUCCUCUUGGCUCUUACAAGUUGGAUAACUCUGGUGACAUUCUUGCUGACGCUACCUUUUAUUGCUCUACUGUUGGAGCCCUUCAGUAUCUCACUUGGACAAGGCCAGACCUCUCCUAUGCAGUUAAUCUAGUCUGCCAGCAUUUACAUCAGCCUCGCUCUAAUCAUUUGGGUGCUGUCAAACGAAUUCUUCGUUAUCUCAAGGGCACUCUUGAUAUGGGUGUUUGGUUUACCAAGGGUUCUCUUGUUCUGAAAAUGAUGUUUCCUUGUGUUCUUGAAAGAUUUUGUAAUUAUUUUUACAUUGCAGAAGCAUCCAGUUUCCUUGUUCUGAAAUAA